GCGCUUUCCACCUCAAUCCAGCUGCUCGGUAAGGUGAUUUCGGCAUGAAGCCCGCAGCCUCGUCUCUGGCUCAUGUCGUGCCGCCAGCGGCAGUCGACAGCACCACGUGCAUGGGAGGGAUACGCGUGCUUGCCAAUUCACGCCCAUUGAUAGGUAGUCACAGCUCCGACCAUGGAAAGGAACGAGGUAUUGGGCGGAAUAGCCCAUCCAGUGGACAAGACUGGAAUGAACCGCUAUAUAGUAUCUCUUCCCGUUCGUCGCAAAAUGGGCUUGAGUGGACCGUCGACAACUACAACAGCCAUCAUGCGAUUGUCAUCCAGCCUGUACGUUGUGCUUGCCACUGGCAUCCUCGGAAGCGGGGUGUACGCAGACUCCCUCGCAAGCAUCGACCAUGUUGUUCUAUUCAUGCAGGAGAAUCGAGCCUUUGAUCAUGUACGGAAAAACCAUUGAUCGACA